GCCGGCGGGGCCGCGAGGACCGACGCCGCCGCCGCGGGAAGCCCAAGAAGCGAGAACCAAAGGACGAUAAUGCCUCGCGAGUUCGGCUCGCCCUGCCGUCGUCGGGUCCCAUGGAGGCCGCCGAGACACCGCCGCCAAGCCUGAGGCGUUCGUUGCCGCCCCUUGGUUCGAGCCGUGUGGUGCAGGACCGCAGUGCGUUACCAUGAGGAUUACGUCGUUCGCCGGCGGGUGCAUCGCCGCGCUGGCCGUGGCGUGGCACCUGGUCGUCGUCUACGGAGCCAGCGCCGAUGCCGCUAGCGCUGGGAGUCCAGGGACAGCUGACGUAGAAGCAGUUCCCGUACAGUCAUCAACUUCAUCAACACAUAGUCAAGAAAGUGAAAGCGUGCCAGAACUUUUAAGGCCAGUCGCUUCGAGUAAUUCCUUAUUAAAUAAUGACGCAACUUCACUAGAACUUUCCAGUUCUUUCUUAAGUGUUCAUACAUCGUCUGUCACCACAGUUUCCGAAACAUCUAAACUGCCAUUGGUGCUGCGCACGGAAGGAUCUCAGGAAACGGACUUUACUUCGGAUGAUUCAGAACAGCACACUGUUACGCAUGAGCCAUCCGUAGUGGCAACUGUGGCAGAUGAUCCACAGUCAUCGACUAAGCCUGCGGAGGACCUCAGUCAAAGCAAUCAAAUGGUCAUGGCUCCCCCAUCAGCACCAUCACUGACAGCCGGCGAUGGAGAACAGGAGCUAAUUAUCAGCUCUAUCCUUUCCUCAUCUGAAUCAAGCAGCCAAGGCGAACAAGAUACCGCGCCCAUUGUUCCUAGGAGUACUAACAACGUAAUAUCGGCUACAGAGUUGCGAGUGGCCGAAGUCACAACGCUGCCGUCGUUUACUUCGGGACCUGUAGAAACAGAGCCACAGCAGGACGACACUGAGGAGGCCUCGCUACGUGUCCUGCGCAGCAUUCAUCCAUCCAGCGCCACACCGGCACACGUGGUCCACCACAGCCUUAGCCGUGAGGCGACGCCCGUGUCACCAUCUGCCGCGGCCGCCGCCACCGAAAGGACUCGGGGUGGCAGUAACGGCAGUGGUGGUAACCCGUCCAUCGACAACAUUCUCAGCGGCAUCAUCCAGCUCCUCGGCGGCGACAUGAACCUCCCUCGACCUCCGUCAAUGCGUCUGCCGCCUCCUCCGCUGCCACCGCCUUCUCCCCAACAGCAUCAUCAUCACAAGCCACCGUCGAGGAUCAACAACCGGGGUCCCCCCAAUUUCAACUUCCCGCCGCCCCCGCAUCGGCCGCCGCAGCUACCGCCACACCCGCCGCACCCACCACCGCACCCUCCACACCCGCCACACUCGGCACCGCCGCGACCGAGGCCGAGCCUACCGCACCUGCCACCGCCUCACCCGGGCCACUUCGACACGAUCCCGCGGCCGCCGCCGCCCAACUUCCACUUCCCGCCUGUAAACCAUCCGAACCACCCGCACCAUCCGCAGCAGCACAUACACAUCGUGCCUCUGCCGCACCCACCGACAGUCUACCCAACGCCAUCGGACGUGAGUCAGCUCCUGGGACUCAACGACCCUGACAGGCAACAGCGGCCCCAACACCACGACGGCCACCAACAUCCGCCGCCGCUGCCGCCGGGUGCGCACGACACGGACCAGCACGAAGCUACGCCCGCUUUGUCCGAGUUUCCUCCGAUCAAUAACGGACCCGAGCAGCCGACCAUGCACAGGGAGACCGUUCGUGACAACGGACCAGAAGUGAUGGCAACUGCUACUGAGCACCUGCCUCACAGCAAGUCCACCAUCGUACUCAUUCACGAGGGGCCAGUGUCUUCGUCUCCGGUCGAAGAAGUGACACCGACAAGUGCCGGCGACGACGUUCAUGUUGAGAAGACGAGACACGAUGGAGACGAAGGCCACGACGUGAGACCUACGAGGACAGAAACUGAUUUGGAACCAUCUGGCAAAGUUCCGUCAGGACCGGUGUCGGGUUGGCUUCCUGUAUUCUUAGACUCUUCCAUCAGAGCCAACAGCUCCAGAGUGAGUGUCAAUACGGCCGAGGAGCCUGAAAUUAUUACGGAACCCACUGAGCCUUCGGUUUUUGACAUUACCGUCAUGCAUUCGAUCGGCACCGUGAGCAACGUCGUGACUCCGUCUCAGACGAUUCGACCAACAUUCUCGACAACUGCGCCGUCGGUAGAAGUGGGAACGAGCACAGAAAGCACCUCGCCCGAUAGUGACGAAAUUGAGGGGACUGAAGCUUCCGAUGGUGAACUGGAAACACCGCCUUCCUCGCAAGGCUCGAAGACUUCAAAUGCAGAGAGAGAGCCGGAGGUGAUAUACGGAACUCCGAAGCUGGAGAACACGCCGUCGACGGGUCCGACUACUACGCUGCAGCCCAGUAUCCGCUCGACGACGACGACGACUGGACAUACAAACACCCACAUGACCAAGGAAAAUGAAUCGGACGUCGUGACGACAUUAUCCGGGAAAGGGACGCUCGCGCCGGAGGUGACCCAUACCAGGCCACCAAUAAAGCAUAAUCAGUCACCCACAGGAAGACCGAUAGUGAUACCGGUGGAGAUCGAAGACGUGAGGCCAGUGAUAGGUUUUCCUCCGGAGUUGUCUCAUGGCUUUCCAAGACCGCAGGACGGCCAUGGACCUCAAAGACCGGGUGCAAGUACGUCUCGUCCAAGGCCCAAAGAACCAACGGGCCCACCUCGCAAGUCCACCUCGAAACCGGGGUCUCCGGCACGAAGAAGACCUGGCUACCGGCCAAAACACAAUACUACCUUGGUGAGAAUUGACACCUGCAUCGUGGGUGAUGACUCGACGUGCGAUUCACAGUUGAACGAGUGGUGCAAGGCCGAACUUGGUGUUAGUUCCUGCCACUGCAGACCGGGCUUCACCAGGACAAUACCCAGGGGACCUUGCAGUCCUGUUGUCAACGUCGGACUCACAUUGAAGCUUGACAGGCUCGGAGACAAAAAGCUGGUAUUCAACAGAAAUUACAGAAAUCCGGAGUCAGAGGACUACCAGUUGCUCGAGUAUGAAGCAAAGCAAGCGCUGCACAGCCUGUUCAGCAAGUCCAGCUUCUCGCGGCUCUUUGUGGACGCGACGGUCAACAGGUUCCAGUCCGCCGGCAGCAAGGUCAUGAUGAACGCCACAGUACAGCUGGAGGACAAUGACAUCACGCGCGUGCCUUCGGUAAAGCGCGUCCUCCAACACGAGGUGGUCAACAUGAUCAACCGUCGAAACUCGAACAUCGGAGAGAGCAGGCUUUACGUCGACGGCCUUCUCAACUCGGGCCUCGCAGUAGACGACGUGAACGAGUGCAACGACGUGACUCUCAACGACUGCUCGAAAAACGCCAUCUGCGAGAACGUGUUCGGCACGUUCCGUUGCACCUGCAAGGCGGGCUACACGGACAAGUACCCGGACACCAAGUGGAAGAGCGGCAGGACUUGCACCGCCUGCGCACCUGAUUACUGCAACAACAGAGGCGACUGCCGCAUUGCCAAUGGACAACGCGAAUGCAGCUGCCGUGGAAAGUACAUUGGUUCUAGGUGCGACAUCGACGGAGAGGUGCUGGGCGUGGCGCUGGGAGCCUCGAUCACGGCGGUUAUCAUCAUCGUUCUCACCCUCGUCUGCCUGUGCCUCUGGAACCGUCGCUGGAAGCGCGAGCAACACAAGGCGGAAGUGAUGUCGGCUCACUCGGUCGGCAGUCUCGGCUAUCUCAGCAAGGCAUCUACGCUGGGACCAGCCUAUCGAGUCAGCGUCGAAGACAGACUGCGCUGGCAACACAUCGCCGACGCCAUGGGCAACAUAUACGUGCAACCCGAGGCCUCGGCACCGCCGAAGACGCCUCCGGUGUUCGCCACUCCCAGUCGAGUGCGCAGUCCGAGCCCGCCAGAGGAAAACCACUACAGCCACAUCCAGAGGCCGCGCUCCAGGGGUGCCAUGUACGGCCCGCCACCGAGUCACAACCCAUACGAAUACGAGACCCAGAAGAGAGAGAUGUACGGCCAGGUCACGCCAUACUACAAGACGGCGUCUCACCACACCAUGUAUUCCUGAGCGCAGUACUGCCCUUACGAGUGCACCGCGUCUCGCAGAAAAGGAAGGACUGCAUCGGAUCGACAUGAGCCAAAUGUGCGCGUGAAGCGACAGCAUGUACUAUACGAGAACAGUGCGUGCAUGUGCGUCGCCCUCCCUUGGACGAAUGUGCUGGGACUCAGUGCAACAUCCUGGGAUUGCCUAAGUGCUUCGCCUACUGACGAGACGCAGUGCCAUCGCUACAGACAUAUCGGUGCUGCUGAGUAUUCAUAGUCCAUGAGCACAGCGAGAAGAGCACAUAUGUGGGACAUGUGGCUGCAAGAAUCCCGUUGUUUUGCUGGAAUCAGCCUUGUUCAUCUUCCUGUACUGCCCUCUGCCGUUUUGGUAGCGGGGCGGAGGUCUGAGGGGUGAUCCGGGACAAUCGGUAUCACUAGAACAAAAGCCUCCGAGAUAGAAAGACGUGCGGAGACGCUACCACAGUGUUGCGCAACUUUCCCGUUAGGGGAAGGGCGCAUGCGCCGCGGCACUGUGAAAGAAACUGCGGAUUGUGAGUCUUCCUGCAGUACCAUAAACAGUAUCAUAUGGUUUUAAUAAAGUCCUAGUGAAGCGACAAAGCUAGUGAACGCUGCGCAGAGAUCGGGAACAAAAAGGUGUAAGAGUCGCAAUUGUCAAGAAGUGCAUUUAUUUCCCUGCGGUUUGGACACGCAGUCUUAAAUUGAGGCGGACGUUAUGGGAUGGCCGGUCGGGCUGAACAUGUGGGGCUAUUUUUCACUGCCAUCGUGAUCUGUUUUUAUCAGUUCAAGAUGCAACUGCAAUCUUGUUCGCUGCAGCGCAGAUCUAUAAACGAACAACACUUUACAAUGUGUGAUGUGCAACGCCUCGUAACGUUUUCGUUCCUCUAUUUCGGCGUUAGGGAAAAGCACUAUGCAGGGUGUAGCAGUUGGCGUAGGCGUUACAGCAAUAGUGAGCUGCAAAUAUAAAACAGCUUUUCAUGCGGGCUAGUGCAGUGGAAUAACUAGCGAUUUCACAAGCAUGACAGUGAAUCUUAGCUAAUAAAACCGGUGAUUAGCAUUUCGUCCCUGCGCGGGUCUGCCAUUAGACCAAAGCUGAAGUUGGCACUACGUGCACUGUGCCACUUUGUUCGAUUGAUUUUUGCUGUAUUGAGUGUCACGCAACUGAAAGCUUAGCAGAAAACUUAAUAACACUGAUUAUGAGUUUAUCAGUAAGAGAGAGACAGAGAGAUGUGCGAGGUUAAACUCAAUAGUAAAUUUCCCUGAGCACGCCACUUGAGCAGCGCAGGCUACAGUGCGCAUUGCAAUGCAGCUGUGUAAGAGUAUAUGUGCGCGUUCGGACGCAUUGCACAGUUCUAGAUGACUUUUAUAGACCGGUAUUGUGGCUUCCAACAAGCGUCAUUUUUCGUGGAUCAUGCAGAAAAGCUGGUCUAUGUGUGUGAGUGUGAUGAUAUGCGUGCAUGCUUGUACGUGAGUGCGGUUCUCAGCCUAUUAUUUUUUUUUCCGGAAUGCGAGAUACGGGCGUGAUUGAUAUCUUCUUAGGUUAUUUAACCGCACGCGCUAGCUGUAGCCCGUGAUCUAGGGCACGCAUCUAGGGUUAGCAACAUGAGUCCUAACUAUCGCGUAAUUUAUGAGAGGCUCGCCAGCACGGUGCUGUGCAGACUUGUCGAGCCGGCAUGCGAAUGACGUAUUCUACAAGUGUUCUUGCAGAUACUGUGCUAUCUUAAUGAAGAAAGCCUUAUAGGGGAUCCAAGUGGAUUAUGCUUGUUCAUCGCUGUGUCGACCUGUAUGAGGCUGCUCCGGAGGACAGAAUGGAUUCCUAAAAGAGUGCUCACCGGACUCUGACGCCACCAGCGAAGACCGCAGUGUUUGGUAGCUUCGUGUAUUUUUUUUAUAUUUUGGUAUUAAUUGUGUCAGUUCAUGGUCCUGAUUUCAUUUGUUUGAUAGAAGUCAUCGAACGCCCAUAAGAUAAUAAAA